GCUUCAUCCACUUCGAUUAAUGAAAAAAGGACGCUGGUUUUUGGUCUGCACGACUCUCACCCCUAGUCACUCGUUUGCCCUUCUGUGGACUUGACUUUUUGUUUCUUGUUCUCUUUUUUAAUUCCCUUUUUCUUACGUCUUUUCUCCUUUCUUCUCCUCCGCUUUCAAUUACUAUAUUCCGUCUGUCUCUGGUAGAUUCCAAUGGAAUAUGGGCCCUGAUCAGCAUGCUCAAUUGGAUGACUUCAGUCUCGUCCUCCCCUUUCCCUAUAGGAUAGCGGUUAUCUUAGUUGCCGGUUUCUGGGGUUGGGGGGUUAAUCUUGAUUAUCUGCGCAAAGCAAAAAUUGAUGUUCCUGCUCUAAUCCGAUAUCCUGCACGUCAAUCUCCGAACCAACGACCGCAUCAUUCUUCUGCGUACCGCCUAGCGACCCUCUUGACCAUCCCCCUCCUGAUAUCCCUCCUCGUCUUCUGGGUCGUCACCCAUGGCUCUUAUGAACGUGUGGAAUCGGUGGACUUUAUCCCACAAUCAUACCUCAUCAUCUUCCUGGUCAUUAUCAUCUGGCCGUUCAAUCGUCUGUCGCGCUCAGGACGCCGCCGAUUCCUCUCCUCGUUGAAACGUGUUAGUGUUGGUGGACUGGCGGAGGCACAAGAUGGCAAGUUUGGAGAUGUUUUGCUCGCGGAUGCAUUGACGAGUUACGCCAAAGUCUUGGGAGAUGUCUAUGUCUCGUUCUGCAUGUUUUUCGCCCCAGGCAUCUCGAGCACAUCCAAGCCGAACCGCCACUGCGGCAACGAUUACGUCGUGCCACUCAUCGUCGCUACGCCUAGUAUCAUCCGACUUCGACAGUGUCUGAUUGAGUACUUUCGUGUUCGCCGAACAGGUUCCAAAGGGGGCGGCCAGCACUUGGCCAACGCCCUGAAAUAUGCUACGGCAUUCCCGGUCAUAAUCCUCUCGGCCAAAAUGAGAAACUACAACCCUCUGGACUUCUAUGGGUUCAGUGAGAUGACUCUAGGCCAGUUACUGGUCAUCUUUACCUUAAUCAACUCUACCUACACUUUCUACUGGGACCUUACCAAGGAUUGGGAUUUGACUUUCUUCACAUCCUCCCGGGGUGAUAAAGAUCACCCUUAUGGCUUGCGUCGUAUCCGAUACUUUUCUUCAGAUCGAAUAUACUACGUUGCCGUCCUUGUUGACCUAGUUCUUCGUUUCUCGUGGCUAUCCAAGUUUGUACCAAGUCUUGUUUGGCUGACUGAGCGAGAGAGUGGCAUUUUUAUCCUCAUGUCUCUUGAAGUUGCGCGGCGAUGGAUGUGGAUCUUCUUCCGAGUUGAGACGGAAUGGGUUCGAAAUACCCGUGGUCCGGCCCCCCACGAUAUUCUCCUCGGCGAGCUCAACGGCAAACUGGAUGCGGACUAAACAAAAGAGGUCCAUGUCUGUUCAAUGUUUUCGAUCAGUUCUCUGUUUUUAUACUUGACAUGAUUACAAACCCAACGUGUGUGGUCCACGUAUGUUGCUUUUCGUUCUUUUUCUUCACUGUUUGUAUUCUGCUACUGUUCAUUACACCCUAUCGAUGAUGUGUUCUAUAUACCUGUUUUGAAAAUUUUGGCUGAUUUGUUUUGUACUGUAUCUACACUGCGUCAUUUGCAUAUGAGCCAGAGCGUGGCGGGGCUGCGUUUUGCACAUAAAGAGCUGUCUUUGUUUUUGCUUUUUGCUUUUUAUCUUUCCUUCGCCAUUAGUCUUUUGC